AUGGUUCUUUUCUUCACCUCUUCAUCCCACAAUCCUCCCGUCAUGAUCUACAUGGGAAAGGACAAGUUUGAGAAUGAGGACUUGAUCAAGUACGCAUGGCCGCAAGACGUCUGGUUCCACGUCGACAAACUUUCUUCUGCACACGUCUACCUCCGAAUGCCAGAAGGCAUGACCUGGGACACAAUACCCGAACCCCUUCUCAUCGACUGCGCGCAACUCGUCAAGGCGAACUCCAUAGAAGGCAACAAGAAGGACGACAUCACCAUUAUCUGGACGCCAGGCGACAACCUCAAGAAAUCCGGCGAUAUGGCGGUCGGUCAAGUCUCGUUUCACAACGACAAGAAGGUUAAGCGGAUAUACGUCGCGAAGCGCGAGAACGCGAUCGUCAACCGCCUCAACAAGACCAAGACCGAGCGCCAGGUCGACCACGAGCAGGAGCGCGUCGACCGCGUCAAGGCGGAGAACGCCGUGAAACGGGCGCGCGGCGCAGAAGGUCACUCUCACGCCCGCCCGCGCUCCCCUCCCCCUCGCCGGAGACUGAUCCCCGGUUCCUUUGUGCAGAAAAAGGCGGACGCGGAGCUCGCCAAGGCCCGCGAGGCGGAGAAGGCCGCGAGGUCGUACGACAACCUCUUCAACGGGGACGGAGAGGGCGACGACGACGACGACGAGCCGAGGCAGUCCGUGCAGGAGAUGAUGGACGAUUUCAUGUAA